AUGACUGAAGAAAGCGCAUCACCACGACAUGAUUCAAGGGAAGAGGAGGAAACAGAAGAAAAUCAACGACACGGAAGGCAAGAGCAAGAACAAGAAAAACAACAAUCAGCAAGGGAACUCACAUAUUGUAUGGAAAGGCCUCCGCCAGCCUCAUCGGACCCAAUUGCGAAAAUCCCAUUAGGGCUAGCAAAAUUGGAAAAUCUACUUCUUGCGUUAAGGGAAGACAUACACGAGCUGGCAAGCUCUUGGGAAAGAAGAUGGCAGCAGCACCAAGAAGGAACUCGAAACUCGGGAAACAUUGGUCACCGCAAUGCGUAA